AUGCAGGAUUCUAAACGGAUUAAAGAAGCUGAAAAAAUAGAAAAACAACGGCAAAGGGAAGAACAAAAAUUGGAACGUCAACGUAAAAAAGAGGAACGGGAGGCAGAAAAACAAAGAGAAAAGCAAUUUCAACAAGUUAACAAAUUAAAAAUUGACAAGCUUGAAAUGACGCGAGAAAUGAUUGUUGAUAUAGAAAAUAGUUUAAUUGAGGGAUCUUUUGGUUCGUUAAUACGCGAUAAUUUAGAGUUAAAAAAGAUGACAAUCAACACAUUUCAACACAAUGUAUCUGGUAUUAUUAAAUUUCGAAGAAAGGUUACAUCUGAAUGGAAUGAUGAAUUAUGCGCCUUUGUACCAGUCCCAGAGAUAAUCAGAGAAGAAGUCUACGUAUUUCUUUAUUUGGAGAUUGAAAUAUUUGUUCAACAUAUUGAAAAUGAUUCGUUACAUACACACAUCCGUAAUGUGCAAAAGAUUUUUCAUAAUAAGAAGCUUGUAUUGUUAAUUAAAGGUUUUGAUGGAUAUUGUCGCAAGAAAAAAUUACAACAUAAUCGUACUUUCACUAACGCAGUUCGGAUCAGAAUGGAAGAACCUGGUAUUGAAAAUGAUAGUCAAUCAAAAAAAAAACCAAUAAUGAAUAAAGGACCAGAUCUAGAAAAGAUUGAGGAUGAAUUUAUCUGGCUACAACUUAUUGCCAAAGUUAUGAUCGUUCAUACCAAGGAUAUUGAAGAAACUGCAGAGGUUAUAGGUACUCUUUCGACCGAUAUCGCAACAAUUCCAUAUAAGCAUCGGAAUGGGCAGUUGAACUUCUGGGUUGGGAAUCAAGUUCGCGCUGGGGUAGAUCAUAGCGACACGUGGUGUCGUAUGUUACAAGAGAUCCAACACGUCACUGAACCUGUAGCAAAAGGAAUUCUAAACAAGCAUCCAACUAUUAAAUCAUUAUAUGACGCGUAUCAUGGAUGUCAUACUCGGGAAGAUGCGGAGAAUUUGUUGACCGAAGUUGAGAUUCAAAAUAACGGCUUAGGGCAACGAAAUAGAUAUGUCAACAAAGCUUUGUCCAAGAGAAUAUAUGAAAUAUUUAUGG